AUGAACGGCUCUGCUGCCGGCCGCGCGGACUACGACAUGGCUGGGGAGGACGGCGUCCCGACGGACCGCGCGGGCCCGCCCGGGGACCCUCCCAAGGGCGCAGGCGGAGACGUGGCAGCAGUGAAUCCCCAAGACCUGCAAAGUAUGAUCGAACAGGCGAAGAAGGAGAGCCAGCUCCUGCUCGACCGCGUCCAGGGCCUGCUCGCCCAGCGCCAGGACAGCCAGGCGGCCGCGCCGGCCCCGCAGCCCGCGGGGCGCCCGCGCCGGCCGCGGCGACCGCGCCCGCGACGCCCGGGCGCGGCAACCGCGCCGCCCUGCAGCGGCAGGUCUCGGAGCGGAGCGUCCAGCGCGCGCGCUCGUCGUCAUCGCCGCGCGACUCCGGGUUCGCCGACAUGGUCAGCCAGGAGCGCGCGCUCGAAGCAGAGCUCAUGGGCUACGACCGCUCGGGCAAGGACGUCCCGGAGGACGUCAAACAGAUCCUCCAGGACCGCGCAGAAGCCACCGCGGCCGCGAAGACCGCGCUCGGCAUCCGCGGCGGCGUCCCGGAGGAGCCCGCGCCGGCCGCGCCCCGCCGCCCCGCGCCCGCGCCCGCCGACGCCCCCGCCGCCCGCUGCCCCGCGCGCGGCCGCCCCGCCGCCGAGCACGCCGCCGGCGACCGGGUACACCUCGGUCUCCGUCGACGCCGACGGCGCGGUCUACCGCACGACCGUCCCCGUGUCGGAGCCGCCCGCCGCCGCCGCCGCCGACGCCGACGCCAGCGUCGGCCCCACGCUGCGCGCCGGCGGGCCGUCCCCGGCCGUCUCCCCGCUCAAGCACGGCCCCGGCGCCGUCGCCGCGGAGGGCUACCAGGCGGGCUACGUCGGCAGCGCGGACCGCUACGGGCAGGCGCCCGUGACGGCCGCGACGCUCCCCGCGCACGAGCUCGGCGCGCACGACGAGCGGGCGCUCGAGGGCGAGGGCAGCGGCGCGGACAUGUACGGCGAGGUCGAGUACGACGCCGGGCCGGGGUACGGCGACGGCAGCAACGCGGGCGCGAUGCUGUACCGGCGGUCGGUGGAGUGGCAGAAGCUGAGGGAGGUUGGAUACGACCAGAAACGCCAGGAGCGGCAGCGCGGCGAGAUGACGGACUGCACGUUCUCGCCGAGCAUCAACCGGAAGAGCAAGGCGAUCGCGAAGACGGGGGUGUCGUACCCCGCCGAGAAAUGGUCGCGCAAGGCGCCGGUGACGACGCCGCCCAAGCCGCGGCCGCCGCCGCAGCGCGCGACGCCGACGCGGGCGCGGAACCUCGGCGGGCAGUUCAGCCGCGCCGCGCACUCCCCGCGCCGCGAGCUCGAGCCCCCGGACGACGUCGCCACGGAGGCGUGCCUGCGCCUGUACGCCUACGCGCAGGACCGCGAUCGGCGGAUCAAGGAGCGCGCGGAGCGGCUGCACGCGGCCGAGGAGGCGGCGCUGCAGCGCGAGCACGACGAGCUCGUGCAGCAGUCGACGCGGCAGCUGCGCGCCGUGCCGUCGCGGUGGCGGCAGCCCACCGUCGCCUCGCAGGGCGGCAACGCGUCGCCCAUGCGCCCGACGUCCGCGCCCGCGCCGCCGCCGUUCCGCCCGGACGUGUCCACCUCGCAGCGCUCGUGGGACCGGUUGCAGCGCAAGCAGGCCGGCAUGGACGGCAUCGACCUCGUGUCGCGCAACCUCGGCGACUUGGAUCUGUCGGGGAUGUCGUCGGGCGCGCCGCCGGAGCGCCGGAACGGCAACGGCGACCCGACCGUGCCCGGCAGCGUCAUGCGCACGCCGCGCGGCACCGCCGUGAGCCCCGGCCGCGAGGACGUGUUCCGGGGCUUCCUGCAGCGGCAGUAUCACUACCUGGACCAGACGUCGUCGCGGCGGAAGCAGCGGGAGGCCGAGGCGGAGCAGCGCGAGGGCGUGGAGCUCGCGCCCGGCACGAAGCGGAUCCUGCAGCGCCGGACGGUGUCGCCCGGGCGGCCGACGUCGACGCCGCAGGGCGGCGUGGGCGGCGGCGAGGCCGAGGCCGGGCGCACGACGCUCGAGCAGCUGCAGAACAUCAUCGACGAGGACGCGGUCACGCCGGCGCCGCGCGGCGUUCCGCUCGGGCUCGCGCGGUUCGAGCCGUCGCCGGGGCGCGCGCGCAGCCCCGGCCGGAAGACGGCGCCGGACGAGCCGACGUUCAAGCCGAAGAUCAACGCGCGGUCGCAGCGGCUGCCCGGGCGGUCGCACCAGGAGCUGUACGAGCAGCGGAAGCGGCUCGAGCACAAGCGGGAGCUGCAGCGCGCGCACAGGGAGGCCGAGCAGAUGGCGGGGGUUACGUUCUCGCCGCGGCUCAUCCAGAGCCGGCAGCACAAGCACGUGUCGGGGCGGCUGCGGAUCAACGAGGACCCGACGGCGUAUCUGGAGCGCGCGACGGCGAAGAUCCGCGCGGAGGAGCGCGCGCGUGACGAGGCUGCGUUGCGCAAGUAUAGGGAGGAGACAGCGGGGUGCACGUUCAAGCCGGUGACGACGGGGGUGCCGGAGUACGUGCUGCGCAUUGCGCGGGCGCGGCACACGCGCGAGGCGGACGGCAUGGCGCAGCUGGAGGACCCGGAGGACGACGGGCCGCGGUGGCGGUGA